CAGAAAUAUAUUAGAUGAUUAGCCUUCGAGGCUUUUGUUAAUGGAAAAUGAACCUUUAUACUUUUGAAACAUAAUAAAAGAACCUCAUUAUAUUAUAAAACUAAUGUAAGGUAUAUAAUAUUUUAAUAACAAGAAAGAAAUAAUUCAUUAGAUCAAAGCAGUGAUGAGAUGUAUCAUACAUUUAAAAUGAUAUGUCAUCCACUAUUAGAACAAGCUUCAGCUAAAG